GCCAUGACAGCAAACCAUCAGAGGAUUUAUUUUACGUGUACUUUUCAAUUUUUAUCAUUUUAAUAUUUAAUCAAUCAUGAAAGCGCUUAUCCUUGUCGGCGGUUAUGGGACUCGUCUCCGUCCAUUAACAUUGUCCAAACCAAAACCGUUGAUCGAGUUUUGCAACAAGCCGAUGAUUCUGCAUCAAAUUGAAGCUCUUGUUGAGGCAAAUGUUAAUCACAUUAUUCUUGCCGUUAGUUAUCGAGCAGAGAUGCUGGAAAAGGCUCUAAAAGCUGAAGAAGAACGACUCAAGAUUCGUAUAAGCAUCUCUUUCGAGGAAGAACCUUUAGGAACGGCUGGACCUUUGGCACUUGCACGGCAUCUAUUAUUAGAAGACAAUGAACCUUUUUUUGUGCUUAACAGUGAUAUUAUUUGUGAUUUUCCAUUUCAAGAGAUGAUUUUAUUUCACAAAAUGCACGGAAAAGAAGGGACUAUUGCGGUCAAUAAAGUCAAUGAGCCAUCGAAGUAUGGUGUUGUUGUAUAUGACAACAGGGGACAAAUCAAAGAGUUUAUCGAGAAACCUCAAGAAUAUAUAUCAAACCGAAUCAAUUCUGGGCUUUAUAUAUUCAAUACAUCUAUUUUAAACAGAAUUCAGUUGAAACCAACCUCUAUCGAGAAAGAAGUUUUUCCUGAAAUGGCCAAGGAUGGUCAACUCUAUGCAUUCGAAUUAAAAGGCUUUUGGAUGGAUGUUGGUCAGCCAAAAGAUUUUCUUAUGGGAAUGAGCCUUUAUCUUGAAUUUUUACGUGAUACGCAACCUUUAUCUUUACAUCAGGGACCUGGAAUAUACGGAAACGUACUAAUUGAUCCUACUGCCAAAAUCGGACCAAAUUGUCGGAUCGGUCCUAAUGUGUCAAUUGGACCUAACGUCGUCAUCGAGGAAGGAGUGUGUAUCAAAAGAUGCACAAUUCUGCGAGACAGUUCAGUUAAAUCACAUUCCUGGUUGGAUAAUUGCUUAAUUGGAUGGAAAUGCUGCAUAGGACGCUGGGUGCGAAUGGAAAACACAUGUGUCCUUGGUGAGGAUGUGAUCGUGAAAGACGAACUUUAUCUGAAUAGUGUUAAAGUACUUCCUAACAAAUCAAUCAAUGCAUCCGUUCCUGAACCAAAUGUAAUCCUGUGAUGUUUUAUAAUCAAUUUACAAAUCAUAUCAAAAUCGAUUUUAAAAACAUUUUUAACAAUCUAAUGGCUGUUGAAUUUCGCUAUGAAAAUGUUUCUUUUUACUUAUAUAUUAUAUUUAUAAACUAUUCCUAUUUUUCGGUUGUAAUGGUACAAAGCGUAUCAAUGAAUUACUUUGAUUGAAACGAAAAUCUAAUUGUUGAAUAAAUACAAUCUAACUUGA